AUGUCCAAGUCCCAUACGUCCAACGUCGUCAUCUCCCAAAGUGGCGAUGCGCAGAACUACAACACGCCCAGCGACUUGAGCCCUGCAGCAACAAACGAGGUUUCUCCUUUGAAACAAAGAAUUUCGAACCUCUUCACCAUAUUCUGUGCGGGAUGUGCACUCAUCAGUGAUGGCUAUCAAAAUGGCCUCAUGACUAUGACCAACGUUGUUCUCCGGAAGGAAUAUCCUAAGGAGUAUACCUCAAAUGUCAGCACUCGCGUGUCCAACGCGCUGCUAAUUGGAAUGAUUAUAGGCCAGAUUGUCAUUGGACUCAUUUGUGACUAUCGAGGUCGCAAAUUUGCAAUCGUGUUUACUACGGCUAUGAUUGUGGUUGGCGGCAUUCUUGGAACAGCUGCACAUGGUGUGACACCCGCAGGCAUGUUCUGGAUGUUGACAGUUGCUCGAGGCGUUACUGGCUUCGGCACAGGAGGCGAGUAUCCUUCGUCGUCGGCGUCGGCAUCGGAAGCAGCGAAUGAGCAUGCGCUGAAACAGCGCGGCCCCAUUUUCAUUCUGGUAACGAACCUGCCGCUCGCCUUUGGCGGUCCUCUUGUUGUCUCGAUCUUUUUGAUCGUCUACUCCUGCACUGGAAUGGCGCAUCUGUCGACCCUAUGGCGUGUCUGCUUCGGUAUCGGCUGCAUUUUCCCUUUGGUCAUCUUCUACUUCCGAAUCAAGAUGCUCAACUCGAAACUUUAUCGUCGCGGAGCGAUUCAGAAGAGGGUUCCCUAUCUUUUGAUUCUUCGAUACUAUUGGAAAUCCUUGCUCGGAACUUGUGGGGCGUGGUUCCUCUACGAUUUCGUCACGUUCCCCAACGGCAUUUUCUCCGGAACCAUCCUUUCUUCAGUUGUAAAGGACGGCAGUAUUAAAUCCACGGCCGAAUGGCAACUGCUUCUUGGCGCCAUUGCCCUUCCGGGCGUUGCUAUUGGCGCUCUCUUAUGCAGGCCACUCGGCCGAAAGAAUACCAUGAUGCUUGGUUUUGGUGGCUUCCUUGUUUUUGGUCUCAUCAUUGGCUGCGCCUACGAUCGCAUCAUCAAGAUUGUCCCUCUUUUUGUUGUCUUCUACGGCUUGAUGCAAUCUUCUGGAAACCUAGGUCCCGGCGACAUGCUAGGCUUGCUCUCCUCUGAGGGCUAUGCGACUGGUGUUAGAGGUACCUGCUAUGGUCUCUCUGCUGCCUUUGGCAAGGCGGGUGCUGCUGUUGGUACUCAGGCGUUCACUCCGGUUCAGCGGCACCUCGGAAAGAAGUGGACUUUCAUCAUUGCUGCAAUUUGUGGUAUUUCGGGUAUCUUAGUGACUUGGCUGUUUGUACCAGAUAUCUCUGGCGACGAUCUUGCUAUUGAAGAUGAGAAGUUUCGCGCUUAUCUGGUGGCGCAUGGCUGGGAUCAUGAAAUGGGAGAGAAUGAUCUGGCUGCUCUGGCUGAUGAGGCGGCUCCCCCUGCUUUUGUCAAGCAGGAGGCUUGAUUUGGAGUAUCACUCUCCUUUUUAGCAGGCUCUGUGCCACAUCUCAUUCUAUAGACGUCAUGUUAUACCUAGGUAGUAACACCUUAAAACGCAUAUUAGAAUAUAUUAGGGGAAUAGCUCUGAUUUACAGCACAUGAAAAUUUGUUAUUGUUAGGCUAGUC